GGGGAUGAUGACAAAUUACCGUUGUCCCUGGUGGAAUGACAUUCGGGGAAAGGAUGGUUUUAAUGAUUUUAAGUGUUGUGUGUUGUUUGUUUGGAUUGAAAGUAGUCAGUGACUGUUAAUGUUUGGAGAAAGAAAGGAAGCCCGUUUGACACUUGGACAUGUGGGUUUUUGUUGUGUUGAUUCACCCAAGAUGACAGGAGGAAGUGCUGAUCCCACAAAUAGUAAUGCAGUGGGUCGUCGCAACGACAUCUUGGAACUCGCACGAGCCAUUCGGGAAGCCCAUAAUCAGAAGGCGCAGCUGCCGAAGGUUCAAGUUCCCCUCUUCGAUGGCACCAAUGCCUCAACAUGGACGGACAAGUUUGAACAAUUGGGCAGUUGCUGCGAAUGGUCAAGUGAGAAGAUGCUUCAGAUUGUGAAGCGAUAUUGUAUGGUCGAAUACAAAGAAGAAGUGUCGGAGUUGGUGCAAGCCUCGCGCGACUGGCCGGACUUCAAGGCCAAAUUAUUGGACAAGUACCAAUUGGAGGAUCAACUGCUCGACCUUGCGGACUUACGGAAAGUUAGUCGUCGGAAGUUUGGUACGGCCAAGCAGUUUCUCAUAGAAUUUGAACGAGUCGCGCGCUUAGUGCAUAAUCUUCCUGAUAAGGAUCGGUGCCUCAUCUUCCUCGAAAACGUUUCAGAAGUUGAGCAGCGGGAACUGAUGAAGGAUAUGACCGGACGGUACGACUGGUCAAAGAUCAAGGAAAAUUUGUUGGUUGGAAGCUUCGACCAGAUGCUUUACCGUCUCCUGAAGCAGCAAAAGGAGGACCGCAAGAAGGAAGGGGUAAGCGCGGACAAGGAUCAAGCCGUUUACAAGACCCUGACUGACAUGCGGAACAUGAUGGCUGACAUGAAGGAGGAAAGGUUAAAGCUACAAGUGAUGAUGGUCCAGACAAAAGGAGGAAAAAAAAAAGGGAAAGCUCCCGUUGUGGAGGAAGUGAGUAGUAGCAGCAGGGAAGAGGAAGACGAGGAGGAAGUGGAGCCCCCUCGAAAAUUGACCAAGGCAGAACGGAAGACCCUGAAUCAGAUAUGAGGAGGGCAAGGGACUAGUAAAAAGCAACGAAAGAA